AUGCCUCCGAAGGCCAGCAACAUUGAACGCCAAGCGUGGAACAGUAAAUGCAGGAGCCUACUCGCCAAACACAUUUUUGACGAGCGUCUUGGUGUUGUUGUGGAGGACUCCAAAUUAGAAGCAGAGAAUCAGUGUUUGCGUACGCAGGUACAAGAAAUUCUCGGGGAGAGAGACCAGUUGAGAUGCAGUCUUCAGGAGAUGGAAGACUCGGCAAGGAGAGAGAAGCAAGCCGAAGCAGACACAGCAGUCAAGCUCGAGGCCGCCAACGUUGAGUGUGAAGUUCUCCGAAAUCAGCUCCAACAAACAAAAAAGCAACUGGAGCUGCUCGAAGCUAUGGUCUCUCGGCACCGCUCGGCAUUUGCCCAGAUUCUGGAUGUCACAGGAGGAAUCGUCAACAAGUCUCCUGCAUUCACUAGCUAA